CGCGACCUUGGAACUGUACAGACUUUGGAGACAAGGCGGGUCGGCGUAACCUUGAGAUGAGUUCCUUAUCGAAAUUUUUCAAGUCUAAGAAGAAUGAUAAACCAGAAACUCAAACGGCAAUUCAUAAGCUUAGAGAAACACAUGAAAUGCUCACAAAAAAGUCGGCCUUUCUGGAAGGAAAAGUUGAUGAGCAGAUAGCUUUGGCCAAAAAAUACGGUCUUAAGAACAAAAGAAUGGCACUUCAGGCCUUGGCUCGCAAGCGUAACUACGAGAAGCAACUAGCUCAGAUUGAUGGGACUCUCAAUACAAUUGAUAGUCAUAUCGAAGCUCUCGAAAAUGCUGGAACAAAUGUCGAGGUUCUUAAUGCCAUGCGAUAUGGGUCAAACGCCUUAAAAAAUGUCCACAAAAACAUGACUGCUGAUGAUGUACAGAAUAUUAUGGAUGAUAUACAAGAACAACGAGAUACGUGCCAGGAAAUCUCUAAUGUAAUAUCCACCCCUAUGGGUCUAAAUGCAGACUACGAUGAAGAUGACCUUCUUCGUGAACUUGAAGAGCUUGAGGCUGAAGGUGUUGAACAAAAAUUGCUGGAUAUUAAUCGGAUACCUCAAUUGCCUAAUGUCCCAGAUUCUGAUUUGUCAAUACCUGUAGCAUCCAAAAGUGCAUCAAGUAAGAAAGCAAUUGAAGACGACGAUAUUGGAGCACUUGCUGAAUGGGCUAAUUAAUAAUUACAUUAAUAACACCUCAUAAUCUUUUUCUAAAUCAUUAUUAUCAAGUGUGUUCGUUUAUCAUCUACAGUUUGAAUUGUUCUCUGUUCCCAUUAUUAUGACCUGCCCCGUGUUUUGUUUAUUCUACAAUGUCCAAUAAGACCAGUUUUUUUUUAAAGUAAUGAUGAUAAUAAUGAUUCCCUGCUUCUUUUUUUUAAAAAAAAAUAAACACCUUCACAUUUGUACUAAUCUUUGUGUAUAAUCAAUCUCUGCUUCAUUUUUCACUUAAAAAAAAGAAAUGAAAACAGUCUAAGCUCCUUUUUCUUCUCUACUCAAUUACAUUUUGUAUGUGUAAAUUCGUUUCACUUGAAAAAGAUGCACUGUAUUGUACUUGUACUACUACUACUACCACCACCGCUGUAUUGUAUUGAAUGGUUUAUGUGUUAUACUUAUUGUAACAUUCAAGGUGUUCUACUACUACUACUCAAAGUAUUCAAUAUGAAAUACAUUGAAAGUGUUUAAUUCUACUAACUUAUUGAUUCUAGUUCUUGGAAGAAGAAGAAGAAGAAGAAGAAAAAAAACAGUUAGAUAAAUAGAUAUUUACUAAUAUAUAUUUUUUUCUUAUACUACUCAAUGCAUGAUGUUUAGCAUCAAUAAUAAAUAACAUAGUCUGUUGUUACAUAUAUUUUUUUAAAUUGGUGAGAUGAUUUCAACCCCACAACGUUCUCGUUACUUUUCUUACAUACAUUUAUAAAUUUUUAUCAAUAAUAGCCUAUUAAUAUACAAUAUAUGUGUGUAUACCUGUUGCUAAUAUACACAAAUGAUUUGUUAUAGCUUAAUGCUAGAAUUUUCUUCCGUUCUGUUGGCUUUUUCUAUCAAUCUACCUUUUUCUUUCUCUCUUAUUGUGAUUAAAAUUAAAGAUAAACGUUUUAGUUACUACCAUUUAAAUAUUUAUAUUGUGUGUGUGUGUAUGCAUGUUUGGGUGUAUAUGUAAUGUGUAAAAAAGGUUGGAUUAUUGAAUAGAACAGUAAAGAGAACAUUAGUUAGAUAAAGGAUCCUACAAAUGAUUAAUUAAUUUUGGUCUGGAUUAUGAUUGUGUCAAUAUUCUAAUGAUAAUCUAAUUGUAAUUUGAUUCCAUGUAUGAACAACAACAACAAAAAAGCAAUACUGUUGGAAUUAAUUUCUUAUUUAAAACAACCUAAAUACAAUUAAUUUUCUAUAUAUUUUUUUUCAAAAGAAAAUUGUCACAUUCUACAUUCGUCUGAUUAGAUACAAAAGAUUGAAUGCGAAAACUAUGGUAAAACGGAAUAUAAAUAUACACUACCCGUUGAUAUUUAUAUAUUUUUCUAUACUUUAAAUAUAUUGGCUAAACCUUGACAAAUUCCAGGAACAGCUUCAAUCAAUGAUUUGUCUUCAUUUUCACACUUCUUAUAUUAGCAUUGAGCUAGCUUGUUUGCAUAGAUACUUAAUAUGUUUG